AUGCGCAGGCAAUGUCCUGCUUUGCGACACGUCGGCGACGGAUGUAGUGCUUGCGACCAUGACAAGCAACUCAAAGACUUGUCUUCUCUCGUUCCGCUGCUAGCUGUGGUACGAUGGGGAGCCUACCUGCUGCAGUGGUUCUGGACGUAUGCUUGGCAUCUGCCCCUUCAAACAAUGCGACUGACCGGCUUCUUUGCCCGGCUUGUUCUGUAUGUUAUCUUCCUUUUCCCGGGUAUGAUGUUUGGACUUAUGUAUUGGGCUUUCGCUGGCGAGAACAUUAUCAGUGUGAGCUACAAGGAGAAGGGAGGGCGUCGUCAUACCUGCGACGUCUACCUCCCAAGCGCCCUUGCGGGAGCUCCGAGCUCGGGACGGCCACAGAAGGCACCGGUGGUAGUCCUCGUCCCGGGUGGUGCGUUCCUUCUGGGCCAUAAAGGCUACGUGACGAUGCUCUGCAGAGCAUUGCGAAGUGUGGGAUUUCUCUGCAUCGCGGUCGAUUACCGCUACUGGCCGCAAACAACAAUUGAUGGAAUGGUGGAAGACGUUAAUGAGGCUGUUGCAUGGUCUUUUCAGCACUGUGAAGCAUAUGGUGGCGAUCGGAAACAGGUAGCGAUUUUGGGACUGUCGUCAGGCGCACACGUUGCUGCGUUGCUCCUUACACGACGGGCAGCACAAGAGAAGAGGGCAACAAGACCAGGCUUGCUGUCUUGGACCACUUCAGACGUGCUUGGCUUCAUUGGCCUUGGUGGCAUCUACCACUUUCAUGGCGCCUUCAUGUCGCACUUACAUGCCAAAGGCAUCGACUUUGUGCUACAGCGCCUCGUGCUAGGGGAAAGUGAAGCUGUACGAGAGAACCGAUCGCCAGCCGUCUUAAUUCGUCGCGAUAAAGAUCUGGCCGGCCGCAUGCCUCCGGUGCUCUUGGCACACGGCACCAGCGACAAAAUUGUUCCACAGGAACAGUCCGAGACAUUCCGGAGCGUUUUGUCUGCUGCUGGCGCGGAUGUGCAACUAAUCUUUAGUGAAGGUGAAGGGCACAACGACCCUGUAAUCCACAGCCCGCUGAUGAGCAAUCACAACACGGUUCAGGCGAUUCUCUUGGCCAUGAAACGUUGGAGCUCGAAGAAAGCGAAAGAGGAAACGGAUCAUGCUUGUGAAGAGCUCUUCCAAGCCUUGCCCACAUGGCCUCGGACUCCACUGUCGGCCCGCGACAGUGGAGCAAGUCCUGGACUCCAGAACGAUGCAUGUUCUCAGCAAGAUGAGAUCCAUGGCUGCAUCAGUACUGGCAAGGAGGCAAAUGUGUACUAUGCCACAUCUGGCGAGGGCAUCGAGCGAGCGGUCAAGGUCUACAAGACGUCCAUUCUCGUCUUCAAGGAUAGGGCUCGCUACGUCGAAGGGGAGUUCCGCUUCCGGCAGGGCUACUGCAAGGGCAACCCGAGAAAAAUGGUCGCUCAAUGGGCGGAGAAGGAAAUGCGAAAUCUGCGCCGGCUUGCAGCCGUCGGGAUUCCCUGCCCAGAGGUGGUUGAUGUCCGCCAAAAUGUGCUGGUGAUGGAGUUCCUCGGCCACGACGGGAAUGCUGCUCCACGACUGAAGGACACUGAGGGGCUUGAUGCCUCGGCCUGGGAGCAGCUAUAUGUCGACUGUGCCGUGCUCAUGCGGGGAAUGAUGCAGCGCUGCAAGCUGGUGCAUGGUGACCUCUCAGAGUACAACAUGUUAUACAGCGACGGUAAGCUGUACAUCAUUGAUGUGUCCCAGUCCGUGGAGAGCGAUCACCCUCAAGCACUGGACUUCCUCAAGAGAGACUGCGUGAACGUCAACAACUUCUUUGCAAAGCGAAUGUCUACAAGAGCUGUACCAGUAAAGCGCCUUUUCGAUUUUGUUGUUACUCGUGAGCUGCCAAGGCUGGGCACAGCUGCAGAGAGCUCUGAGGAUGAUGAAGCUUUCAAGGUCGCUGCACAAGCUGUGGCAUUUCAGGAGCCCAUGGUAGGCGAGCUAGGUCGGAAGCAUUCCACACAGAAGCUUUCACAAACAUACUACUCGUCUUGCCCAACCGGUACAUUUUCCACGGUUUGCCACAUUCAACAGUACUCGAACGCGCACCUUACUCUAACAUCCAGGUCUGUCUGCUGCCGCCUUUACGCUGACGGCACGAGAGGGUCCUCUUGA